CAAGGAGGAGUUAUUACAGAGAUGGAGCAGAAAAAAUCAGCUAGUUUACAAGAAAGAAUUAAAGGGAAUAAGCUCUAUAUCGAUGCUGGAGCCCAAGGACUUUCUCCCGUGUUGAAAAGAGGUCGUCUAGAAAGCGCGAUGGCGGCUUACAUCAGAGCUGAAAAUUUGGCAUCCAACGUGGACGAGUUGUCCUCGGCGUCCAAAAACCAUGGCAAAGCAGCUUGGCAUCUUAGUAAAACUCUCCGAGAAGAAAAAGAGCAUCCUAUUCAAGUGAUCUAUUACCUUAAAGAAGCGAUUAAGUCCUUCAGUGUGGCGUACAAUAAAGGUUUAGCGAAAGAAGUUGACUGGAGGGAAGAUGUGCUUAGAACUUUGAACACAUGUUUGGGAGACUUGAUUCAAGUUUGUGAGCAAAUUCCAGACACUGACGAAAGAUUUAAGAUACUAACCUCGUUCACUGAUAUUGUUACUGUCAAUUCAGCCGCCGUAGAGCUACAGUUGAACCUGGCAACCUUUCUUUUCCAUGACGGAGCGCAGAAGAUACAACAGAACGACUACAGAGGAGCUUUGAGUCGUUUGAGGGACUGCUAUCGACCGAUUGAAGAAGCAAGAAGACUCAACCGAGAUACCGAUGAAUUUUGUCGCGAUCAAGACAUCAGAAUUCUUGAAAAGGACGUUUAUUUUAACACUUGUUCAGCUGAGUCUAUCCAAGCUCGCGAAUAUGGUCAUCAGCUUUUGGAUAUCGCAACGCUAGACGAGGAAUCCCUCAACAUGAAUCUAGUGUGGGACGCCAUUGACUGGUACAAAAGAGCUGCUAUUCUCACAAGAGAGCUAGACUUAGAACAAGAAGCCAUCGCUCUAAGCCAUUUAGGAUUCGUCUACAACAAAGUCCUGAAGCUCAAGUACAAAUCCAAGGAAUAUUAUAAGAAGUGCUUUGAGCUUGCAGAGUCUAUGAAGCCACGCACUUUCUUCACUCAAGAUUGGUACCAGCAAUGUGUGUCAACUUUGCAAGAGUUCCAGUUGGAAGAAAGACUAAGAGAUGAGAAGGAAAAGCAGAAAGAAAGAGAAAAGAAGCUUGAAGAAAUAAGAGAAGAGCUUGAAGACCUCAAAAAGAACAACACUGGAAAAUCUGAAAUCUCAAUUCAUGUUUAUAACACUUAUCCUCCCAAGAAUCCAAAAUGGGUAAAGCCAAGUGAGGAAGAUAUGGCAAAGUGGGCCAAGAUGGAAAUGAAAGAAUUAAAGAAAGUCCUUUUAAAAGGAAUCAAUGCUUACCACCCUGACAAGAUUGACGCUGAGGAACAUGGUGAGAAAUGGAAGACCCUGUGCGAAGAAAUUACCAAACUCCUCACAGCACAUUACGAAUUCACUAAAGUUGGAUAAGGUAUUGCUGAGAUAGGAAGUAGAUGAAAGUUAGCAAGUUAAGGUAGGAAAUUCUUAUAUUUUGCAUUAAAAUUCAAUGAACCACAUUGAUUUCCAUUCCAUUCUACUACGGGGUCAGACCAUGGCUGAAGCAUUUUUGAGUGCUGUCAUGCUUGGUGUUGUAGGCCCUGCUAGAAUGGCAGUGAUUUGAAAAUCUGCUCGGGUCGUUUUCAGAAGUCACGAUACUUGCUCCCUUAAUGAAUCUUAAUAUUGACAUCAAUAUCAAUGAGACUCUAAGAAAGACACUUAUUCCUAAAGGAAUGCCAUGCAUUUGAUUGAGAAAACUUGACAUUUGAGCAGAAGGGGAAUAUUGCUUGCUUCCUUGCAAACCUUAGUGGAAGUUUCAUUCAUUUUGUUGAAUGAAUAUAUACUUUUGUCAAUUUUGGGUGUUAUAUUUUCUCUACUCAGACCCAUUUAUCACUCAUUGACCUAUUAUAAACAUAUAUUGCUAUAGAGAAAAAUCAUCAACAACAACAACAACAAAAAUUCAAAUGUUGAAGUCAUUGCAAAAAAUAGUUGGUCAUCAUGAUUUUUCAACACUCCAGAGAUUGUAUAUAUUAACAAAAUAAUAUUUUACUGA